AUAGAGAAGACAGAGAAUCAGCUGCGAUUAAAAUUGUUUACUCUCUCUCUUUUCUCUCUCUUUCAGUUUCUUCUUUCUUCUUUAUCUCUCCCUUUCUCUUUUUCUCUCUCUACAUUUUCUUUCUUUAUCCUCAGUUUUGUUUUUUUCUGUUUGCAAUCAACUAACCAUUUUUGUUGGAACAAAUUAUUAACUUAAUUGUCUCUUUAUUAUCCUUUCAACUCUAAUAAGUAUUUAAGUUAAUAUAUUCUUUAGAUUUUAAUUGUUUCUCAAUCUAAAAUCAACCAUCGAUCAUGACGCAAGCUAAAUCCAGGAAGCGAAGUCAUGAAGAAGAGGAAGGCUGUCUACCUAUUUCCAAGAGAAUGAGUAAAUUGCAAUUAGAAACCAGUGACGAAACCUCCAUUAGUCCACAAAGUGCUAUUAAUGAGAAACCUGUUUACUUUGGGAAGGACAGUGACAACCUAAUGGAUCCAAGUUCAUUAAGCUGUCCUUAUGACCCAACGUUGUCUGUUGACCAGAAUCCACUUUAUUUUGAAUCUAAUCGUGUUUUAUUUGAAGCUCACAAGAAUAGACUUCAAAGACAACGGAUUAGGAUAAAGUGAUUAUGGUUUUCUAUUUGGUGAUUUGGUCGUAAUUCAAGUGCUGAUGUACCAAGAUCUCAUCUUCGCCGUUUCUUUCUCUCUCUCUCUCUCUCCCUCUUUCUCUCUCUAAUUGAUCUUCCUUUAUAAUAAAUGCAACAACAAAGGAAUCACCUUUCACACCUUUAAUCCAUUUGUGAAUAUACAAAAAAACAUCACCAAAAGUAAAGAUUAACCUGUAAAGUGUAUAUAUACCUGAUCUAAAAGCCGAGCAAAUUAGUUGACAUCAACUGCUUCAUACACUCAAAACUACAACAACUCAAGAGCCAAAAUACAUCAAUUAUCAAAUUAGUCAACACAAAAACACACAAAGAGAAACCAUAUGAAAAGGAAAGCAAUUAGAAAAUUAAAUUGCUUCUUUAAUCAUCAUCAUCCAGCGUUGAGAAAACCAUAGUUGAACAUAACUGAACUUCAUCUUUAACACCACAGCCACAAUUUUAUAAGAAAAACAAAAUACUAUUCAACACACACACACAAGAUUACAACAUGCAAAUAUCUAUCAACUUAUUUUGACACCAAAGUCAAUUGUUAUAUACAAUUAACGAUUACACAAACAAACAACAAAUAAAACAAUUGUUAAAAGCAUGAUAAUGAUGAUUGUUAACCGAUCAUUUCAUCAAAAAAUAUUCACUCACUUGUAAUCAAUUGAAUAGAGAAAAUUUCACCCUCAUGUUUGUUCAUAGAUUUAAGGUGAAAACUGCUCAAUCUUAAAAGAAAAAGAAAAUUAAAAUUGAUAUAAAUUAAAUUGUA